CCCCGGCGUUGAAGUCGUUCAUGAAGGCGUUGACGUUACGCUCGGCAGGCAGCGGAGGCCUUCCCGGGGACGCCACCGUCGGCGGUGACGCAGACGCCGACAUGGGUGACUGCUCGUCGAGGGGCGGGCUGCCCUUCGGCGCGACGUCCAUCGGGCUGCUCGCAACCAUGCUCAGCCUCCUGCAACAACGGGAAGAUGGUCAGCACUGAAGUCGUGGUCCCGGCUUUGCCGUCCAAACAGGUGUCACACAAUGCCGCAGCAGCCAUUGAGGGCAUCGCCGCUACACCGGGUUGGCACUUACAGAAGUACAUCGAAGCAGUAGUUUUGACUACCGAGGUGCCGCCGUGCAACGAGGUUUUUGGAACC